CUCUAGCCGCUAGGCCAGGAUCGAACCGCCGUUGGGUUGGUUCUUCGGUGCGGUGGCUCUGUCUGACUGGCGACGACCCGUCCGUCCGUCAUUCCCGGUUUGAAAGCAAGCAAGGUUGCGGAGACUCGGGACAACGACGUUGUUACGACGCAGCGUAGCGCGGUGCAGUGAUAACUUAGUGCGGUGUUGUAUACUUUUACUCGCGUUUAACUGCCGGCCAUGGAGAAACGGAUAGAGCUUGAGAAGCGGGGUAAAAACCCAGGCGAAAUAACAGAGUUUGUCCUGGACAAUUGUAGGAGUACAAACAUUGUAGGUUUGACCGACGAGUUUGUAGCUCUGAACUCACUCAGUCUCAUUAAUGUGGGCCUCACAAGUCUCAAGGGAUUUCCUAAGUUACCAAAUCUGAAGAAGUUGGAGCUGAGCGACAACAGAAUCUCUGGAGGUUUGUCCCUUCUAAGUACCAGCCCUAAAUUGACUCACCUUAACCUCAGUGGAAACAAAAUCAAAGACCUUGACACGCUGCAACCCUUGAAAGAGUUCAAAAACCUGAAGAGUUUGGACCUGUUCAACAAUGAGGCAACAUGCAUGGACAAUUACAGGGAAAAGGUUUUCAGCCUUAUCCCCAGCUUACAGUAUCUCGAUGGAUUCGAUGUCAACGAUCGCGAGGUUGAUGACAGUGAAGGUGAAGAUGAUGAAGUGAAUGGAAAUGAUGACUGCGACGGUGAUGCCAAUGAAGAUGACAGCGACGAAGUUUCAGACGAGGAAGACGACGACGACUUAGACGAAGAGGUUGUCGCUUUGGAUAGUGUAUACAAAGAUUACUUGGACGAUGAUAGUGAUGAGGAGGAUUAUAUCGGAGGAGAGGAGGAAGAGGAUGCUGAGGAGAACGACGAUGACCUUGAUGAGGAGGAUGGUCAAGAAGAGGACGAAGGUAGGAAACCUUUCGCAGCUUCACCUGCCCGAGGCAAGAAAAGAAAACACGAGGAUGGCGGCGAGGUGGGGAACUAGAACCCCCUGCCCUCCGGAGUAAUUGAAGCCGUGGAAAAUGAGACGCCGUGUAAAAUUCUUAUAAAUAAAUAUCAAUAACUACGCCGCCGAGUGAAUAGCUGGAAAUCAAACCAAUCGACCGACCAAUGACAGACUACAUGUAGUGAUGUGAAUUUAUCAUUGAUUCAUUGACUUGAGGAAGGGACAGGGGCGGAAGGGAGGGGGGUAUUCGUCCGCGCAACUACAAAUGUAUAGGGUUUAAUGCGUAAGCGAGAAUUUGAUAAGAUUAAGGAUAACUAUAUACGAAUAUGAAUUGAAUAUGGAUAUGGGUAUUUGUACGCAAAAGAGGAAAGGAAGAAGGAGAGAGAAAGGAGGAAAAAUGAAGAAAAAAAAGAAAUAUGAAGCAGGCAUACAUAGGGCUGCAUUCCAGCUAGACCCAACACGUUUUAGUUAUACUAACGAUAUUUUAUAUAGAGUAUAUAAUUAGAGAAUUAGAAGUGUUGCUUAGUAUGGAGGAAUGGUAAGUGAAAUCAAGGAUAUUAUCGGAUUGUCUAAGGCAUGUGGUAAAGCGGUGUAUUACACUCGGAGGGGAGCGUAUUUGUCUGUUAGCUCCGGUCGGCCAAAGCUGGUCAUGCUGGUAUGCAGCCGUCGUUAAUCAGUACUAAGGUUACGUAAGUUACAUUUUAAAUACAUCAUCAUCAUUAUUAUUAUUAUUAUUAUUAUUAUUAGUUGAUAAAUCUAGAAAAAAAUGAGGAUCAACAAAUUUUGUACAGGUUUA